ACUGUGCUUUUUUUUGUUGUUAAACAAAUACUCCGCUCCGCCGCUAAAAUAAGUGAAAUCAAUAUUUAAUUACGUGACUUUGAUGAUCUUAUCAAUUGUUAUCGAGCGCACAAACACAAAAAACUAAAGAUUACCUAAACUCGAUGUUCAGCGGAAGUCCGACGUCGCUUGCCAUUGUUUCGUCCUGCUGCUCGGAGUAACAAGGAUGUCGGAGCCGGUAAACGAGGAGGUGCUCCAGCCGUCAAUGGAGGUGGUUAACGAAGAAGCUGCAGAGCAGGUCGUUGAAAGCAAGACCACCGAAGAACAUCAGCCGCAAAAGGAGAAGGUUGAGAUUGAACAGGAAAAAGAGGAAUCUUCUUCAGAGUGUCAGAAGGUAGAACAGCAUCCGGUAAGCGAAACGAGUGAGAGUCAAAGUCAAGAGGAACAGCAAAAACAAACACAGGAUGAAGGAGAGCAAGAAGAGCAGCCAGAGAAGACAUUGGAUGACUCUCAAGAUACAGUCAAGAUGCCUAUUACAGAUUCCCCAGAAAGGGCAUUAGAAGAUGAGGAAAUGCCUUCUAUGGUAACUAUUUCGAGUACAUCGAGGGUAGAUGAUUCAGUGUCUUACAAUAAGCAAAAUGAUGAAUCUAAGUUUGUUGAUGUGGGAGGCAAUAGUCCAAAACAAACAGUUAGACAAGAAAAAGAUAGUGACAGCGAUAGUGUUUGUGUUAUUGAUGAUGAUGAUGAUUAUGAGGAGCAAAAUGAUUAUGAUGACAAUGAAGAAGACGAUCAAAACAAUCAUGGAAGGAUUAGACACAAUGAUGAAGAUGAAGAAGAGUCUUAUGAAGAGUUUGAAGGUAGCAGUACAGAAUACAGUGAUGAAAGUGAAGGUGAUGAAGAUCAUUAUAAUGAAAAAUAUAAUAGAAGGUAUCAAAAAAAUGAUAGGAGAGAUGUAGAAGAAGAUGUUGAGGAUGAAGAUGAUGAAGAAGACGGCGAGAAUGAUGAUGAUUAUAAUGAUGAUCAAGAUUUUGGUGGUGGUGGUUCAGAUGAUGCAAUUUUGAGGCCUAAUAAUAAUGGGCUUUCAAAGCAGCAAAAAGAGCGCAGUUCCUCGCUUCAAGAUUUAAGUCUUAUGGAAGGAUCAUCAUUAAAAAACAGGCAUAAUGUUAAUCCAUUUAGUCAAAAAGCUAUAUUUGAAAGAAACCAAGGUAAGCGAAAACCGUAUGCUCAUGUUCAAAGCAAAGUUAAAAAAUAUAUCGACGAUCUAGCGGAGCAAAGACGAAUAUCUAAUGAAAGGCGUAAAAAAUCUAUUGAUGAAGCACGCAAUAGAAAUUACCAACCUACAGAAAUUCAAAUUCAAAGAAGCGAAGAAGUAGUGUUGGCAUGUCAGACAAUGAAGAAUUACACAGAAAAAACACUGAAAGAGGUUGCAGAGAGUGAAGAAAAUGAAAAAAUAACAUUUUUACAGCAAGGAGUUGAAAAUGGUGAAAUAUCACUGAUUCCUAGGCAACUAGUAUCCUGUAACAGUAUAGAGAUAGCAAAUAAAGCUCAAGAGAUGGAAAUUGAUCUGAUUGAAGAUGAAGACAAGAAAAGACCUUCGUUCAACGGAACUGCGCCGAAAGAAAAUCAAAACAAUUUUAUGACCGAACGAAAAGGUAUACUACGACGUGAGAGUGGUCCUCUAAAAUCAUCAAUUUUGAACGGUGAAGAUCCGCUAAGUUUCCAACCUAUCGACAAUCUACGAACGCUGUCGUAUGACGAGUAUAUGAGAGGCUCCGUUAAUGAAACGGAUGAAGUAGUUGUCAACAGGAUAGAGAUCACUGAUGUCCAGAGUAUACCAGUACAAAAUGUUGAAAUCGAAGACGACAGUGGACUCCGAAUAGAAAGCGUUGUAAGCAACUACAGUACUGAAAAAAGUAUCGAUGACUUUCAGAAUAGAAAAACCCCAAUAAUGGUGAAUCAGUCAACAGAAACUUUCUAUCGGGAAAAUUCAGAGAUACAUAAUCUCAGAUUACAGCUCAAUCAUCGAAAUCAGCAAUUUAAGAAUUUACGCGAAGCUUAUCAAAAAACAAUGUCCGACAAUUUGGCUAUGAGAAUGGAACUGGAAAAUCUUCGUAAAACUGUCGCCUAUUAUCAAGAGCAACAAAAGACUCUCCAAGUUGAAACAAAAGUAUCUGCUGUUCAAACAGAAAAGUCGACCAAUACUCAUGAUAUGCCUUUGAUUGAAUUCGAGGACAAUGACCCAAAGUUAGGUGUCUCGACAGUAAGUACUCAAUGGUCGGACAGUACAGGCAGUGUAGCGGCGAUUUCGAUGGAUCCUCCGAAUGUGACAACUGCAUUGAAUUCAGACGAAAGCUGCCAACCAUCGAAAACACCAAUCCACAAAAGAAACGCUUUGUCGCGAGCUUUCAUGACCUCUACGAAGAUUUUACAAACUCUUUCGAGUAUUACCUAUGGUAAAAUCAAAGUUGAUAAGUCUGGGAAGCCUUCAAAGGUCAACGAAAUAGCGAAACCGAGUAAACCUCCGCCUGGUCCAUCAAGCUCGAAAAAACGAAAAGCCAGUGAUACGAUGGAUGGCUCUACACAGCCCACGAAGAUACCUCAUUUGUCAAAGUCAACCGAUCAAGAAGAAAAUGCAUCGAUCACUUCCGAGCCGCCAUUCGUGAAUCCAAAUACAAUAGGGCAGGAAAGCGCUAAUGCUAAUACAAAAAAAAAUGCUGACGAGCAGCAAGUAGAAGAAUCUACAUCGGAUGACGAUGUUAAAGUGUAUGUCUAUCCAGAAGACGAAGAAGGUCGUCAGCAUAGUUUUUUGAUUCAAGCAAAGGAAGUGUCAGAUAAUCCAAAACCAGGAGUCCGCGAAUGUGGCCCUUACCUUCUCGGUAAUGUCGAGGUAUAUAUGACAGAGGUGAACGGUACGAUAAAUAUCUGGGGCAAAGAACUCAGCCAAACAAGUCAAACAAGUCAGGCAACUGUAACUACUGAGGAUUUCGACACCACUGCUCGUUCAAGAGAACUUCAGCAAAAUCUCCGUUGGCAAAGUACCCCAAGAAUAUUCAACAAAAACGAGGGUCUUUCAGCGUCAACGAGCAAAAAAUCCCGUUUACUUCCGAGGUAUGCUCAGCCAUCACAAGAAUCUCAGUGCGAGCACAAUCAGAGACUGUCUUGUCUAUCGUGUCAUGAACACCAACAUCAUCAUCAUCAACAAUAUCAUCAACAUCAACAUUCAUGCUGCAGUCCACCGAUUAUACGAGUCGAAGCGCCGUGUGGGUGCAUUCAGGAACAGAAAAAAAUACCAGAUUGUUGUAAAGCGAAGUCGAUGCCGAAUAUAAAUCAGAACUGUUGCUGUAACGGUUACAAGCCACUUGCACGACGACACUCGUUUAAUCCUACUGACGAAGAGGACUCCGAUGAAGAUGAUGUUAAUCGCACUUUAAUAUCCGAUAACUGCACCCCACAUUCCUUAAGUAAGACUAAGACGGUGCAUCAAUGUUCUUCUGAACCGAGAAGUAGUGGUGGCAGCCCUAGUGAUCCUUCUAAUUCAUGCGAGAACGAGAGCGAUCCUUUGAUCGGAUCGAGGCAAGUCUUAGAUGGAUUUGAGGGACCCGAGAAGAAGAGAAAAAAGAAAGUACGUGGGCUCCUAAUGGAUUUAUUGAAAAAAGGUUGCGUUGGAGAUUGCCGAACUCCUAAUCCGCUUGAUAAGACAAACUUGCAUCAUACCACUUCAAUAUACGAGCCCAGCACUUCAGCACAGCACAGAGCUUCAUGUUUACCAAGUCAACCUCCUCAUUCACACCAUUCUAAUGAAAGGUGUUCAUCUUGCUGUAAACCUGAUAAGACAAGCCAAAUUGAGGCUCAAAUGGAACGUUUCCGCGAAGAGAUGGAUAAAUUACGUAGCCAAUCUGAUACAUUAGCCGGCAUGAUACAGGCGCUAAAGAGCGCGGAUAUUAUAAAUUAAAACUAUUAAAAGAAAAAAGUAAUGAUAUGCUUUAUAUACGUGAACGUUUUGUGUAAAUAGUUGACAUAAAAGGUACUUUUCAGUUUUUUCGAUGUUAUCUCCAACGAUCUGUGCGUUUGGAUUGUACGACUACUUUUGUUCCUUUUUUUCUUCUCUUCUUUUCUCACGUAUUUUCAUUUAUAUUUUUUGUUUUAGCGCGGCUAAUUUUACGGAAUCGUGAAUCGAUCGAUAAUUCGAGCGGCUUUGUAAAAGCUCACGAUAGACGUACAUUUUUUAAGUAUCUAUAUAGUAAUGUAAUAAAAGAGAUGAAUUAUGUACACUCAUUUUUUUAUUCCAUUAAAAGCCAAAUAAACAUUUUUUUCUU